GUAUUUGACAUUUUAAUGGAAUUGACUAAACAUUUGCAAUGGCUCUGUAGGUUGGAUCAGUAUGCCAUAGCAAAAUUUGCAGAAAGUUUUGAAAUGAUUCCUAGAACUUUGGCUGAGAAUGCUGGGUUAAAUGCAAUGGAGAUCAUAUCUUCGCUAUAUGCAGAACAUGCAUCUGGAAAUGCCAAAGUUGGCAUUGAUUUGGAAGGUGGCUGUAAGGAUGUUUCAACCUUGAGCAUUUGGGAUCUCCAUGUGACUAAGCUCUUUGCUCUUAAAUAUGCUGUAGAUGCUGCAUGCACUGUACUACGAGUGGACCAGGUAAUCAACUAAUGAUAAUGUCUUUGCCGGUCAUUUCCAGAUUCCCCUGUCACAUGUACCUCAGAAGCAUAUUUUAAUUACGGAAACAAGCUUUGAAAAACAGGUUUUUUAUGGUUAAUAAAUAUAACUAGUGCUAAUAGUAUGCAGCUUUUGUAUACUAGCAACUAAAAUGAAGAAUAGGGUACCAUGAUGCCAUAUUCUGACCUGGGAUCUAAUAAUGAAGAUUGAAACAAUGUUGGUUUGGUACUUACAUAAGUGCACAAGGUUUAACACAGGGAUAGUUAGUUAUAA